AUGGCCUCCCAAAUAUCCGAUGAGAUCCUACCCUCGCCGGGAAGUAUCUCUCCGAACAGCCCACCCAAUUCGGCAGGUCAGAUCCCAUUAGAGCAACCGCCAAAACUCAAGGGUCGUCAGAAGUUACUGCAGAAUCUCCAACGAAUGUCGUCCAGCCCGACUCUGACCAGACGCGGACGAUCCUCAUCAACGAAUAGUUACCGCCGAGACAACAAGGCCUCUCUCUCUUGUGUUUCGUUAUCGACGACUUCAUACUCGCCUUGUCUAGGAAAUGGAAGUUCCUCCCAGCUCUAUGGUGGCCUCAAUCCUCGACCUGCUACCCCCGGAUGUUCUAGUUCUCCUACCGAGCCCCGCGGUACCAACGCUCGCAUCCGUUUGAUGGACACCGAUGGCCCUGGUUUCACUACGCCCCGCACCGUGCCUUUGCCUUUUGAUGUACGGGCAUCGAAUGGGUCGCCACGCACCGCGACACCGGUGGGAGUAAAGGUGGAGGGGGAGAUCGUCCCAGAAAUCCAGCCGACCAGAUCUUUUGACUUUUGGGGCGAUAUGCCACGAGAGAUUAAGAUGGAGAUCUUUCAGCAUCUCACCCCACAGGAAAUUAUCCGCUGUUCUGCGGUGUCCAAAGCGUGGAAUGAGAUGUGCUACGACGGACAAUUAUGGUCCAAGGUUGAUGCGACCGAGUACUACUCUAAGAUCCCGAGCGAUAUUUUGGUCAAGCUUAUCACUUCCGGUGGUCCAUUUGUCCGGGACCUCAAUCUCAGAGGCUGCAUCCAGAUGCGUGAUAAAUGGUCCACGGACGGAGAACGCAUCUCGGAUCUGUGUCGGAAUGUCGUCAACUUUUCGCUUGAGGGUUGUCGUAUUGACAGGGCAUCCAUCUACUCUUUCCUCCUUCGGAAUCCCCGUUUGGAAUACAUCAAUCUCUCGGGUCUGUCGAGUGUCACGAACUCGGCGAUGAAGGUCAUUGCGCGGUCUUGUCUGCAACUUGAGACAUUGAAUGUUUCUUGGUGCAAUAACGUUGAUACCACCGGUCUUCUUCGGAUUGUCCAGUCCUGUGAGCGGUUGAAGGAUCUCCGGGCCAGCGAAAUCCGUGGGUUCAAAGAUGAGAAGUUCACUUUGGCUUUAUUCGAGCGCAAUACUUUGGACCGUUUGAUCAUGAGUCGUACCGACCUGACCGAUCAUAGCCUGAAGGUGCUGAUCCACGGCGAGAACCCCGAUAUGGAUAUCUUAACCGAUCGGCCUAUCGUUCCACCUCGAAGAUUCCGUCAUUUGGAUUUGCACCAUUGCCCUGAAGUGAGCGACGAUGGAUUCAAAAGCCUAGCCUAUAACGUUCCAGAAUUGGAGGGCCUGCAAGUUUCUCAGUGCUCUGAACUGACCGAUGAAUCCGUCAUGGACGUCAUUCGCACGACGCCAAACUUGUCUCAUUUGGAUCUGGAGGACUUGGAGAACUUGACAAACAGCACCCUGGUGGAGCUGGCCAAAUCCCCAUGUGCCCAAAGCUUGGAGCACUUGAACAUCAGCUUCUGCGAGCGUCUCAGCGACACCGGAAUGCUCCAAGUGAUGAAGAGUUGUCCGAAACUCCGAUCCGUCGAAAUGGACAACACCAGAGUCUCAGAUCUGACCCUGAUGGAAGCCAGCUUCCGCAUUCGCCGCCGCGGGUACAGCGACGAUCUUCCGCAAAUUGGGCUGCGACUCAUGAUAUUCGACUGCGCCAACGUCACCUGGGCAGGGGUCAGGGAAGUCCUCUCCAGCAACGCAUACAUCCCACGUGCCUCCCGCAAACCCGUUUCAACGGUGGUGACGGUAACACAAACGUCAGAUUCCGGCUCCUCCCCGGCGACAAGUACCUUUAUCACUCCAGCCUCCUCGCCUUCGCCAUCGCCAGCGCCAACCUAUCCCAAUGAAAUCAUCCAGCUCAAAUGUUUCUAUGGCUGGCAGAUGACCGUCGAUGAACACACGAAACGUGUCCUUCGCGGCGAUCUCGCUUCUGCAUCCCGGCUGGACCGGAAAUGGGCCGACUACAUGGUCGCCACUGAGGAGGCUGGCGCCGCUGGUGCUGGUGCUCGCCGACGCCGACGUCGUGCCCGUGAAGCUGAGCGUCUUUACAAUGCAGACGAAGAUGACAACGAUGCUUAUGGCGUAGGCGCUAUCUCUGCUCUUGGUGGGAGACGCAGGCGAGCCCAGAGCGGUAGCAGCUGUACUGUCAUGUGA